GGGAAUGAUCUGGCGUCUUGUCUCUGAGGACGAUCCCGCGUUGCCGGAUAUAAUUCACAUUGCGAGAACCGCAUUUCUUCACAUGAUGGGGGGUGUGGGGUACGGCCGCGUGGAUGUUCGUAUUGAUCGUGAAAAGAACACGGUUGUUUUUCUUGAAAUCAAUCCUAACUGUGGCAUCAUGUAUCCAUAUGGACAAGAGGGCUCGGCGGAUUGGAUCUUGCGUCUUACGCCGGAGUUUAAACAAAAGGAAUUUGCAAAACUUCAAAUAAGUGAAGCCAUUCGAAUACAUAAGUGCAAGCAGCCGCUCUUUCGAUGUGCCUAUGAUCCGGUACGGGAGUAUUACAUUUGUGCCACAAGGAAUAUACCCGCAGGCAGCAUUAUCUUUGAGGGCGAGGGCCGGUUGGUACGUUUAUGCACGAAACCGUACGUAAAGGCAAAUUGGAGCGAGGUGGAGUACAAUGAAUUUCUCCAUGAUGCCUGGCCCGUGGGUGCGGAGGGUCAUUACUAUGCCCUGUGGGAUCUUGAAUCGUCGGAUUGGCGUGCGGUGAAUCAUUCCUGUGAUCCAAAUAUGGGGUUUUGUCCGAAUCGCUCACUCAAUGUUUAUGCUUUGCGUGAUAUCGCGAAGGGUGAAGAACUCACGAUGGAUUGUCGCCUUUUUAUGGAUGACACAAUGCCACCCUUUCAGUGUCACUGCAAGACGUCUAUUUGUGCAGGAUGGAUCCGAGGGGGUGUGAUGAGAGAAAGUCAUUUCUUUGAAUCAUACACGGAGAGGUUGAUCCACAGGGAGGACAAAUUUAUUACACAACUGACGAGGAAUUGA